UCUAUAUGUAUUUCACUCACCUAUUAUUGUGUGUAUUUGUCUUCGUGUCCCCAUCCUCUGUUUUUUUUAUUUAGAAAUUUUAAUGUAUAUGUACCUGUAAAGAUUUCUUUUAUUUACGUAUGAAUUGAUCGACAAACGAACGAAUGUUUAACAUAAUUUUUUUCUGACAAUGAGCUUAGUAUGUAAGCGAAUUACAUAUUUGUGUAAGGCUUGAUUGUCUGUCACGAAAUUUAUUUCUGUGGCCGAAAAGGAGUGAAAAUGUUCGGCCCCGUUAUUUUCUGUAAUGUAUAAGUUUCGAGUGGUAAGAGGGACCGAUGAAGAAGAUGGGAUUUUAAUGUAAAUUCUACAGGUGACCGUUUUGUGUACGAGCAACAAUGGAUCCAUCAAUAUUUUUGCAAUAUUCCCCUCCAAAUGGACUGCCUCAGGAGUCGAAAUUAGUGACUUAUAUGAAUCGUUCGACAUCUACUCCAAGUAGAACCUUAAACCAAGCGCUAGGCAAGCUUAAUUUGGAGUCUUCCCCUACUGCCAUCAAAAAGGUUUUCAUAAGUGAGUUUGUGCCACUGAAUUAUUUUAGCCACACUAACAUCCUUCCGGAUUCUCCAGAGAGUUCCCCACCGUCAACAUUAGCGUCGAUUCCAAAUACCCAAGUUCAUCAGGAGAAUGUUGGAGGCACAACAUAUUUUUAUUCAACUAACUCAGAUAGUCUAAAUACGACUGGAGGAUUGAACUCUUCUGCUUCCAUGGGUGGUAAUGAUGCAUGUAUGGGUGGCCACGGAUCCAACGCGGGCUCGUCUCCCUACGCCUCACAAAUAUAUACUGGGACUCCGACGCAUAUGGGGCCUAUGUCAUCCAAGCCAGGUCUGGCUGCGUCAUUUUAUAUGCCCGAAACCAUAAGAUCGGAGAUUUAUCAAAGAAACGAGGAAGUGUUUCUCCAAACUGAUCUCCGUCAAUAUCCAGAUUUGCCUGAGAAUGUUGAGAUGUAUUCGGAGCUGACGCCGCUGGAGUCGGCGGCACCUCAUUCCAUGGCGACGUCGUUCCGCGCCGCGCACCGGCACAGCGGCGAUCAGUACGCGCUGAGGCGUCUCCACUCAUACUCGGGGGUUGCCACUAAGCGCCUUGAGAUGUGGAAGCAGAUCGACCACCCGAACAUCGUGAGACUCCACGAUUACUUCACCACAAACUCGUUUGGUGAUCACUCGAUGGUACUUGUGUACGAUUAUCACCCGGCGUGCGAAACGCUGAUGAACAAGUACUUGGCGGGCGGUGGCUCAAAUUCAGUUACCGACGCCAACGGAGCCUUCCACGAUCCGUUCUCGUCGGACCCGGACGCGCCGCGGCCGUACACUCACCAGAAAAACGCUAUGCUACGAGCUGUAGCAUGCGGCGCUUUAUUACCAGAAGCCGUCCUGUGGAGCUUGUUGGUGCAGCUGACUGCAGCUCUGCGUGCUAUACAUACAGCAGGACUGGCUUGCAGAGCCCUGGACCCCACGAAGGUGGUGAUGAACGGGUGUCGUGUCAGAGUCGCCUGGUGCGGCGUGGCUGACGCACUCCACACGAACACUAACGAUGUCGCUCAGGCUCAACAAGAAGACUUGACCGCAUUAGGGCGACUAGCGCUAGCGCUAGCUUGCCGAACCAUUCACUGCGACAACUUGUCUGCCUGCAUGGACCUCGUGGCGCGAACCUACUCGGCGGACCUCAAGAAUCUGAUACUAUAUUUGUUGUCGACGUCUACCGCUCGUCGCUCCGUCACAGAUCUCAUGCCCAUGAUCGGAGCGAGAUUUUACACUCAGGUGGAAGCGUUGGAACGUCGAGCUGACGCGUUCGAGGACCAACUGGCGCACGAGAUUGACAACGGAAGGCUGCUCCGCAUCCUUAUCAAGCUGGGAGUCAUUAACGAGCGCCCCGAAUUGAACAUGGACGCAUCCUGGUCAGAGACCGGAGACCGCUACAUGUUGAAACUGUUCCGGGACUAUCUGUUCCACUCAGUGUCUCCAGACGGUCGGCCAUGGCUGGACCAAGCCCAUUUAGCGUAUUGUCUCAACCAACUCGAUGGAGGAACGUCUGCUAGGGUGGAGUUAAUGUCUCGUGACGAGCAGAGCGUCCUCGUAGUAUCGUACGCGGAACUGAAGCACUGCCUCGAGCAAGCCUUCGACGAGGUGAUGCAGGCAGCCGUCUCGCCGCCGUAAACAGCAACAUUCGCCGUUUAUAAAUCGAUAAAUACGCGCCUGUUUCUGAAUUGACAAUUUCUUUAAAUUAUUUUUUAUUUUUGCUGAGUGGUAUAGUUCAUGUUUUCAGUGAUAUGUGUGGUUAAGCUAAUUGGGCCAUAUUGGGUUGAUUUUUUUUUGGAAAAUGACAUCCUACUCCACUUUAGAACCUCUAUUUUACCUGAAUGCAGUGGCCGUAAAUAAAACUGUACACUGUUUUUUUAGUCUAUACUGGACUAUGCAUAUUAUCAUUCUGGUAGACUGUGGUAUUAAAAUAUUAAAUCUACCCUGAUCCUCUUACUUUUUGUAUGGAAACAAAAGCAAAGGUAGAUUAGAACUAGCUGAAUCAUAGAACUAUACUACCAGUAGAACAGAAUUCGUUUAGUUCACUCUAGUUAUAAUAAAAGAACUAAUUGUUCGAAAUUUUAAUUCUUAAAUAUAUAUAUACAUAUAUAUGUAUAUGUAUAGAAGUGUUACAAUGGCAUAGUACAGAAAAGAUAUCGCCUUAGUGUGUCCGCAACGACAGGAUCUAACACAAAUUAAUGUAUUUCGUUAUUUUUAUUUUUACAUUUGGUCGCUGCGGACCUUUAUACAAACUUGUAUUCAAAUUUCUUAAUUUAAAUUAGUUUAAAAUGUUCACUGUCUAAUCUGUAUUCAUCAUUACAAGUCGUUUGACAAGGCAACAAUACUCCGACAAGAGAAUACAUAAUCACAUCAUAAGACAACACUUCUAGUUUUUUGUAUUUUGCAUUAAGCGAGUUGACAUCAUUAGUACAUAAAAUAGCAAUAGAAAUUAUAAGAUUUACUAGUUUAAUAGGUAUCGGCAAACUAUUACGGUGUACUGAUAUACAUAUUUAUGUUGUCAAAGGUGCAAUGUAAACUUAUGUUUAAAUGCGUGUGUGAAAUGCGUUCGCAACUUGUUUUAAAUAAUUCGAUAUUCCGGUCGAAUUAAAACGAUAUAGGUUUAAUAAGUCAAUGCAACAGUAUUUUUUAUUUAUUUUUGAAAUACGAAUAAUGUAUGCAAGUAUUGUCUGUUCAGAAAACUGGUUUUUAUCAUACAGCAACAAAGGCAUCUCUGCCACUAUGUUGCUAUUACCCCAUGUUACUCACCUUACCAUGAACAUAAUAUCUCCCAAAACUUGUUAUUGUAAAAAAAUCUUUUCAUUGUUGGCAAAUCAAUGGCAUUUUUGUCUAUCGAAUUAUAAGAUAGAUUAUUUUCCGUUACAUUAUUAUCAGUCUGUAGACAAAAUGGCAUUCUAUUAUUGAAUACAGUUGUAUUUUUUUCUUUUUCUGUACACAAAAUUGGGAAUUUCCUUUAUACUAUGAGAGUAGAGAGGGCAGUGUUCUCGUAUUGUCGUUAUGCCACAAGUAGUAUACAAACAUACGCCUAACCUAAUAGUAAUUAGCUCAUAUCAAUUUUUACGUUAACACGAUUUUUAGACAUUUAAACAUUCCAAAUUUUGACAUCUACUUGUCUUUAGUUAAAUUUAUUAGUUGUCCUUUUAGUUCUCAUUUUUCGUAUUAAUCUCGCACUAAUUUAUGAUUAUUUUGAAAUAUCGCAAAUUAGUUUCUAAUUACGUCUAUACGUUUACUUACUUUUUACGUACUAUAGAAUCAUAUGGUACUUAUAUCUUUACCUUUACUUUAUCUUUAUUUAUUUUAUGCCCAUUUAUUAAUAUUUUAAUUUGACAGGAAAUCACUAGCCCAAACAAAAGCAGUACGUGCAAUUGGGUUGAUUCAUAAAAUUAAGAUUUGUUAACCGUGAUGUAUCUUUAUUACGUGUUGAAUACUAAAAAUAUUAAAUAGUAGUAAAGGUUUCCUGAAGAAAUUGUAUACGACAAUGUUCCGUUAGAAACACCGAGAAUGCUCGUCCGCUCGAUCCUCUUAGUAUUACAAUGCAUCUCCAUAUUGUACAGUAAACGCUCUGAAGCUGUCAAAUCUGUUUAAAGCUUCAAUCUUGAACCGCUGAGUGUUCACAGCUUUUCCUGGGAAUAAUAAUCUAUUUUUAUAAGCACAAUAUGUGCUUUGUAAUUCAAAGACGGCAGAUUAGGUAUAUAUAAGAUAGAAUGGCGUAAAAAAUAAGCGAGUUUCUCCUGUAAGGCCUUUGGUGUAUUGCCACUGUGGAUAGAGUUGCAAACUCAAGAUUAUAUAUGCAAUCAAUUUUAUUUAGAUUCAUCCAAGUCUUGUUAUUAUUUAGAGUGAGUUUACAUUUCAUAAGACACGUCGAACUGAUAUGUAACGAGAUCUCAUUGUCUGGAAAGUCAGCCGUGUCCGUGGAACGCACUGAACGUUCACACCUUUUACAAUAGUUCAAUAUUUUUUAUAUAGUGGGUUGUUUGAGUCGAUGACGAAAAUGAACCGGUUUAUUGCCCACUUAAAGCUUUAAGUGUCCAAUUAUAGUUUUGUAUAGCGCCUUAUCAAUGUACUGUAACGAACAGCCGCCUGAACAAAUGCCACAAACAUUCCAAAAUAACAACAAAUAUAGCGAUUAAACGACUUUUAUUCAGCAAUUGAUGUGAUGUAUUGCGUCGCUACAACUGGAGCCUUGAACGUGGUAGUUGUCGACAGCAAUACGCGACAUCCCUAGUUGAAUGCGCUCGCGACGAGCAAACGCUCAAAUUGUCUUAAUUUGCCGAUACAAUCAAAUGGAAACGUUCGUUGUGUUGAGUAUAUACAUAAGUCGCUAGCGUCAACAAGGGACCGUUCGUUUUCAAAAUUGUGAACCAAAUCACGUCACGUAGAUCUGAAUUUGUAUAUGAAGAGACACGCCGCGAGAUGAUCCAUGUCAUUGACUAUGGAUAAUCCACAUUCAAUAAUAAUAAAAUAUAACGCCAACAAGUUACUCAAUAUACAAAUGCAGUCGAAACGUGCCGGAAACCCUUAUUUAAAUUCUAUGCCCUAUAUUUUAAAAUUUUGUUUCUGUUUUCUUGCCAAUGAUAAUCAGGUGCAUCGAUACCGCGCUGCGCCUGUUCCAAUUGCAUCCAUAUUCGUGCAUUACCAUAAUUUUGUAUUUUAAUGUUCCGCAGAUACAAUAGUACGUGUUUAUCUUCGGAUAACUAAAUUUUAAAUUAGUUUAACAUUUAUUGUAUACAAAUAUAUUUUAAAUACUUUUAUUUAGUUUACUCUUAUUCAUGUAGAACAUAUAUGACAUUAUUUUUACAUGGCUGCUGUUUUUUGCGCCUUAGAUAUUUGUAUUAUCGACAUUUACAUCAUUUUUAAUUAGUACAUUAGUACUUUUUAUGCAUGUUUAUUAUUUUAUACAAUUAUCAGCAUGCAUUUUAAAAGAGCAAAUUGAUUUUUUUACUUUUACAUUUAGUAUUAUAACCUCUGUGUAAUCAGAUAUCCCAUUAUAAAUGACACAAUAAAAGACACUAUGAAUUUUGCCUCUUUAAAUAUAAAUAGUGUAAAAUAGAAGGUUGUGCCCAGUGAGCCAAUUAGAUGGAUCACGUACUAUUCAUCUACGGAAUCGUAUUGCCCCAAUACAUUAUUUACCGAGUUACCCUUCACAGGUACUGGAUUACUUUAUUUAGUUUUAAUUUUAUUUCUUAUAUUUAUUUUUAAAUAGAUUUAAGUUUGAGCAUGUUGCAAAUUCCGAUCUAUGUCGCUCUGAUGUUCUACUGAACAUGAAAAGGAAAUAUUUUGAGAUAAUUAUAAGUGUAUAUUUUUUUUUAAUAAAUACAUUUUAAAUUCA